UUUUCGAAAGGCACUCGCGCUUGGGCUUGGAUUCCUCGUCUAGGGUUUUUCUAGCUGGUGCUAGAUCGCCGAUCGAUGGAAGGACGGCGGCGCUGGCGCCAAUGUAUAUGCAUUUCAGUCGCCAGAGAGGAGCGAAAUCUUGGAGCGAUGGCGCAGCAUCGGCAUAUACAGCAGGUUUUCUUCGCAGUGCGAGAUGAAAGGAAGUAAGUUCAUCGCCACGGCCGCUCUGGACAGUGGACGAUGAACAAGGCGCAUUGGCAUUUCUCUCCCAGGUCUAGAGAAAAUCGCGAUCUCAGCUCAUUCUUUUGUUUGCAAGGUCUUGGAUCCACGGGCAACUCACGAGUGCUGGGCUUACAAGCUUGGAUCAAAGAACGCUAUCGUGUUAGCGAUGGUGGAGAGCCUGGAGGAACGGCAGGACGGCCAAUCUAUGCUGCCAUAGAAAAUUCUGGUGUGGAUGGAGUUAUGGUCGUUGUCAGGAGGUACUUUGGUGGAACGAAGCUUGGAACUGGAGGACUCGUUCGAGCUUAUGGAGGAAUCGCUGCUGACUGCCUCAAAGACGCACCGACGCACAUUGUCAAAGCAAAGAUCUCCCUGGUUCUCAAGUUUGGGUUUGAUCAUCUUGGAGCUGUGUACCCUCUUCUUCAGCUUCACGGAGCCGAGAACAUUAAAGAAAGCUAUGACGAAGAUGAUGAAAGUAGCAGUGUAGAAAUCCAACUCUCGCUCGAUGCUGGUAGAGCUGACGAACUUGAAAGCUCUCUCACCAAUGCAUGCAGAGGAGGCAUCACAAUUCAACGAGCUACAACAACCAACUCCUAGAGGAAAAGCUUACCGCUGGAGCUUCAGACACAUUUACUCUCCUGGCUACUAGCCGCAGACGUAGCAUGGUCCAAGCUGGUAUGCAAGCACUGGGCUCGCAUGCUGGAUGAUCCGAGUUUCAGGCUCCUGUGGAGACAAAAUG